AUUUAAUAUCCCUUUGGUGUCAUUGACAUAAGAGAUGUCGUUUCUAGUCUAUCUGUUUCUAUUUCUAUAUAUGGAAAGUUAAGAAAUCAUCAUAUAAUAAUCGAGAAAUUGCAAUAGAAAAGAAAAAAGGGGGGUUUGUGAUGAUUUUGAAAUCUUUUCUACUAGGUAAUCUAUUAUCCUUAUGCAUGAAGAUAAUAAAUUCGGUCGUUGUGGUCGGACUCUAUUAUGGAUUUCUCACCACAUUCUCCAUAGGGCCCUCUUAUCUCUUCCUUUUCCGAGCUCGGGUUAUGGAAGAAGGAACCGAGAAGGAGGUAUCAGGAACAACGGGUUUUAUUACGGGACAACUCAUGAUGUUCAUAUCGAUCUAUUAUGCGCCUCUCCAUCUAGCAUUGGGUAGACCUCAUACAAUAACAGUCCUAGUUCUACCGUAUCUUUUGUUUCAUUUCUUCUGGAACAACCACAAAAACGUUUUUGAUUAUGGAUCUACUACCAUAAACUCAAUGCAUAAUCUCAGCAUUCAAUGUUUUUGUUGGUUGGUUAAUUGGUCACAUUUUGGAUACGGAAAAAUAAUUCUAUUAGAUCGUAAGUACCUUGUGUCAGAAUUUAGAAAUUCUAUGGUUCAAAUCUUUAGCAGAAUGUCGUCGCCUAUUGUUACUAAGAAACUAAAAGAAGAAACUGCUGAAACGCAAGAAAGGGGGGAAAGUGAGGGAGAAACAAAUGUAGAAAUCGAAACAAUUUCCGAAACGAAGGGGACUAAACAGGAAGAAGGAUCCAUCGAACAAGACCCUUCCCCUUCCCUUUGUUCGGAAGAAAAUUCGAAGUUAGAAAUACUUAAACGUAAAAAAGAUAAAGACCUCCUCUGCUUUUUUCCUUGCUAA